UGAGCGAGGCUGCGAGGCACCCGCUCCGCACUUGACGCAUCCCGACCUAACUUAAUGUGCUGCCGCUGCACUUAGGAGCAGUUUUUUACCUUUGAAGCGUCGAGCCUAGUCUCGAAGGGCGAGUAACACCGGCUCACCUCAUGAUUUCACCCCGUUAAAGGUUCUUGCAAGACAGUUUCCUCAUGGCGUCUCCACAACAGUCAAGAAUUCAGUCGUAUCUGGAGAAGAAUAAAAUCGGACCCUUGUUUGAGGAGUUGAUGACCAGAUUGAUAACUGAGACUCCAGACCAUCCAAUCCCUUUUCUCAUUGAUCACCUGCAGACCAAGCAAGGCAGCCCGGGCAAACUGCAGAGAACUCUGUCGGGCUCUGCAGCACUGUGGGCGCAGAGCUCUACAGAAAACAAAAACACUCGAAGGGAGUGCAGGAACUACGAGAAGCCAUGGCAAAUACACCCUAAGAAACCGAAGAAAUCCAAAAGUGACCUGGCUGUCUCCAGUCUCUCACCUCCUUCACCAGAGUCCAAGUCCUUGCCACGUUCAAUUGAAUAUCCAUCCUGGGACUGGAGGGAGAGCCGGGACUUUGAUGAGCUCAACCACAUCUUGCAGGAGAGCAAGAAGCUUGGAAAGGCCCUGGAGAACCUGUCACGCAGCAUUGCUAUCUCUGAUGAGCUUGACCAGAACUUGGGAGGUUAUAACUCGGUGCUGCGCCCUCGGGUGGUGGGGGAGUGGGUUGGUCGGGAGGAAGAGGACCCAGACCCACUGGCUGCUGAGAUGCUGCAGCCCCCCGUCCCACGGGCCAAGACCGAAGCGUGGGGGAGUGCAGACAACAGCCCUGCUGGGAGCCUGAAGAUGGAAACAAAGAGCAAAGGACUGAAGGAGCAGCAGCAGCAUCACAAGAAGCUCCUGGCAGCCAUGUUGUCCCAGGACUCCUUUGACUCAGUCCACAGCCCUGCCCCCUCUGUCACAGAGGAAGAAAUUGAGGAUGAGGAUGAUGCCAUGGAGCUACUGGAGGACCUGGAUGACCUGAGGAUGGAGGGUGUGACGGGGCUGGCUCUGUCCGGCAGUAAGUUCAGCCAGGGACGCAGCUCCUAUCAGCCCGAGCCGCAGGCCAAAGUUACACUCAACAUCUGCUCCAGGUGUGCCAGGUUGCAGGGGGACAGUCUAUCAGAUACCAGAGCCGACGAGGAGCACAGGCCAAACAUCGCGGAACAAGCCGUACCUGACAUCUCCUGUCCAUUGCCCGGGGUGGACACCGUGGUGGGACGGGGGCAGGAAUGCGAGUCCGUGUCUCAAGUGUCAGGCGCUCGUCAGCCUGUCUGGGAGACUGAUCUGAAGGCUGUGAGAGGAGGGAGCUCCAUUGGGCAGACAGGCCUGCUACUGGGCGACUCGCUCUUUUCUAAAGAGCUGGAGAACAUGGGCAAACACCUUGCUGAGGUUGAGAAGGACCUGGCCAAGCUGGCAGAAGCAGGCAAAAUGACCAGUAGGAGCCCCAACAAUCCCCACAGUAGCCUGCUCCUCACCCCUCUGUUCCACAGGACGCUACCCAACACGCUGCCUCUCCCCAGCCAGGUGUCCAGGCCUCAGUCUCCAGCCAGCAGCCUCUCAGCCAAGCCCAGCACCGUAGGCCUCCCCUUGCUCAGCCCCAAGCCUACGUCCCUGGUCAUGGGUCGGACUCAAUCUCCUAGCAACCCCAGUAGCAGGACUCAAACCCCCAGAACCCCCAGCAGGCCUCUGACCCCCAAUAGCUUAUUGACACGCUCUGCCAUGAACCCUGGAUCUCAUAAGGAGGUGACCUUCAGGAGGUCGCGGAGCCGCCCAGUGACGCCCACAAGUCAGCCCACUCGUCCCCGACCGUUGCUCACCCCUCCUGGGCUAAGUACCACAGAUAGCCUGGGUGCUAGCCUACGGGCCUACCUAUCUGAGGAUGAGUUUUACCAGCAGUUACAGGCCAUCAGACAGCCCUGGCACAUCCCUAGUGACACAGAAAGCGACAUCCUGGAGCCUCCUGAGCAGGACAAGAGUGGAUCACGAGAUGCCAACAAGAGAUCUGUGUUUUCAGGCCUAUAGUGAUGAAGACCAGAGACAUUGAUCCAAUCAAACAAUUAUGCAAACCACUGGACAUUUUGAAUAUGUGUACAGAGACAAUUAUUUUUAUACUUCAUAGGAAUAAAAAAAGAGAUUGUAUACUUUUUUCACAGAUGCUGAUAUUUCAUAGAAAAUGUACUGUAACUAUAUGAUAUAAUGUGGAAAUAUUACUUCGGAGUAUGGAAUAUAACAAUUAUUUUUGGUUGCUCUCUAGCAUGCAAUUGAACCUCCGUGUGGAGUGAAGAAAAAAAGACGCAUUUUGUUGUUGACAGACCCUAUUUCUAGGCCUAGUGCAUAUUGACAUUGUGAGGGCAGCACACCUCUGUUUAGAAGCAGUCUCUCGACAUGCACUGUCCAGACGCCGUGUCUUUGAAGUAGCAAAUAACAGUUGUGGAGGGAAUACAAAGAAAUGCUGUAAUACUAAUUAAAAUGAU